GUGAACAGAUUCUGGCUGAGCCAAGGACUCCCGAGGCAAUGACGCCCACAACAGCCCCGGAGACCCCUCAGCGAGUUCAGCUGGGAGGUCAAGAUCUGGCAUUGGAGAUGUUGGAGGAGCCUGAACCUGUUUUGCAGAUGCAAGCAGAAGCCGAGGCUGAGAUGUCGGGGAAGGGAUUUCAGUUGACACCGUCCGUGGGGACGUGGUUUCAGAGGCAAAUUUUCCUCCAAGAACUCGAAGUUCCAAACGAGGAUCCCCCAGCGCGGGCAGAUGAAGUGGAGGCUGAGAUGUCGGGGAAGGGAUUUCAGUUGACACCGUCCGUGGGGACGUGGUUUCAGAGGCAAAUUUUCCUCCAAGAACUCGAAGUUCCAAACGAGGAUCCCCCAGCGCGGGCAGAUGAAGUGGAGGAGCAACCAGAAUGGGAACAUGGAUGUGACCAAGAAACACCCGUGUCACCAGAGGAAACCCACUGGCGGGCGCUGCAAGCGUUCGAAGUUCGCCAGUAUGCAGCGUACCCAAGAACCCAUUUGACAGGUGAGAUUAUCAAUGCGCGCCAGAUCGUCCUAGUGACGCACAAAAUCUGGAAGGAGAAUGGACACCACUUUUUAAAACUGGCCAGUGGUGGCUACGUGUUUAUCCGCAACCGCAGCAACACAUGUCUAUUUGAGCGAGCUGGAGCAUCGGAGCUGCAGCCACGUGCAGAUCCACAGGCAGGACGACGUGUCUGGCAAGAUGGGCGCAACCGCGGUGAUGAUAACGGGCAUCAGUGGCCGCGCGAUGGAGAAGCACGGGCUACUUGGGGCCACCAACGUGAGUGGCCAGCUGAAACAAAUAAAUCGUGGCCGCGCAAUGGAGAAGGAGCCCCAGAAUGUGGAGCCAAAGCAAGACAUGCACUCAAUGCGAGGUGGCCGCGCAAUGGAGAAGGACAGGCUUCCUGGGGCCACCAACGUGAGUGGCCAGCUGAAACAAACAAAUCGUGGCCGCGCAAUGGAGAAGCACAGGAGGCACAGGCUUCCUGGGGUCAUCAGCCUGGGUGGCCAGCAGCUGAAAAAAACAAACCGUCCAACUGGAACUCGUGGGACCAAUGGGAGCAAUGGGAGCAACGUCAAGGAUCCCCAGACAGCAGCAAUUUGCAGCCUUUCCGGGCGUACCCGGAUCCAAAUGAUCCCAAAUAUCAUGUCGACUGGGACGCAUUCGCCGCAGAGUGGCAAGAGCACGAGCGUGCAGUCAACGCUCGGGCAUAA